AUGAGUCCAAUGGUAAAUCAAGCAAACAUUUAUUCAUUUCAUCGAACAUCGAAUAGUAAUAACUCCAAUAACAUGUUCAUCUAUGAAACACAAUUAAACAAACUUCAUCGUUUAUUUAAAAAUCAACAUCAUCACACUGAACCAUCUUUAGUAUUAGAUCCCUACUUAUUUCUUGGUAAUUGUAUAUCAGCCCACGAUGUUAAUCGUUUAUCAAAACUUGGUAUUCGUUAUAUUCUCAAUGUUGCUAGUCGGGAUGUAGAAGUUUGUCCAUAUUAUGGAAAAGAUUUUCGAACGUUACAAAUUGAUCUACGCGAUGAUGAACAAGAAAAUAUUCUUAAAGUAUUAGAAAAAGCGUUCGCAUUUAUUGAUGAAGCAAAAUCAAACAAAUGUCGAGUUCUGGUUCAUUGUAGUCAUGGUCAAAGUCGUUCACCAACUAUUGUUAUUGCUUAUUUGAUGCGAACAUACAAUAUAUCUUUGGAACAGUGUCUAUCACAUGUUGUCAAAGCUCGCCCGUGUGUAUUACCGAAUGAUGGAUUUCUCAAACAAUUAAUAUUGUAUGAUAAAUUAUUAAACGAAAGAAAAAAACAUUUGAGAAACAGUCAAACAUCACAAUCAAAUGUAACAAAUGAUGUUUAUUCAAAUAGACCUGUAGACGUAGAUCCGAUAAAAAUUCCUAUUCAUCAUCAUCAUCAACCACCUCGUCCAGUUAAAGCAUCACCACCAUUAGUAAAAUCACAAUCAAAUGAUCAACAACUUCCACUAAGACCUCCCAGUGCCAAGGAUGCACCAGUAAUUAUGUCAGAAAAAAAUUCAGAUGUUCAAGUUAUCCCUAUUCAAAUAAAAAAUCAGAAUGUUGAAAAGCCACCAUUACCAUCAAAUAGUCCAAAACGGGAUGACGUUCAGAGGCAUCUGAUGAAAGAAAAUAAAAGUUUUCAAGAUUUACCAGAACAAAUGGGUACUACGAGUUUAAACAAAGUAACAAUAGAAAAAUUACCGUUUGCUUCCUCUCAUGAUGAUUUACAUCCAUCUAAAAGACAGUACACAUCAAACACAUAUCUUUAUACCUGCAUACAACCACAAGUAUCGAUUUCACAAUAUUUUCCACGAACGCCGUUUAUACAUGAAAGUCGAAUAAAAUAUAUUACAGAAAUUUACGAUAAAGUAACGAAUCGUUUUAUACCUGUUGGAUGUUUUUAA